AUGCUUGAUUUGGUGAUUCUGCUUCUGUUUUACGUACUGAUUUGGUAUGUUAUCCCUAAUGUCAUCCGCAGGUUAGACAAACGGUUUUUGUUUAUAUCGAGAGAGCAUAAGAAAUUUGUGUAUGAUCGCAGAUUGAAUCAUGCCCGGUAUUAUGUGAUGAACGGAAAUUGUGCAGUUGGAAGAUCAGUAUUGUUUGACUUGGCGCGUAGAGGUGCGCAGUUGCAUUUGCUUUAUUAUCCAGGAGAGGAGAAACUCUAUAAGCAAUUGGCAGGCAAGUUGAGGAAAAAAGCCAAGAAAUGUACCGUAAUACUCCAAAAUUGUGAUUUCCGGCUGUACGAUGGUAUUCAGAAGUUUGUAUGGGAGCAGGUAAAGAAUUUCGAAGGCGGUUUUUCUGGCUGCUUGUUCUUCGAAAGCGACCGUAGUUCUAUACCUUCAAAUUCAGUGGCUUUGAGCCAGCUCUUGACUGCAAUGUCAUGUCUUGUGUGCUCUAAAUUUGGCAGACCAAAGGCCCGUCUUGUUUAUGUUUCAGAAUUUGGUGGUAGUCCUUUCCACAGAGAUGAGAGAUAUGACAGCCAUUUCACUGCAUUGGAGAUAUGGCAAGAUGGUGAAUCUCACUACAGCUGCCCUUGUCCUGCGCCCGAAGCGGCUUUUGCAAAUACAGGGUGUAUUUGGAAUGGCUCAGAGUUCUCUUUCGCUUAUGUCCUUCAUUGGCUCGGUCACAAGAUGAACGUUGAUAUGCCAUGUCAUCAAGGAAAAAACUCUGUCUUGCAUGCAUUACUAUCUAAAGACGAAUCAAGAGGUGAUGGUGUUUAUUUCGUGAACGAUAGUGAGUGGCACAUAGCACCCCAUUUUGAGAGAGUGGACUCCAAUGGGAACAAGAUUGUUGACUACAAACUCAAGAAUACACCUACGCAUGAAGCUUUACGCGGAAAGUCAUAUGAGGAAUUUGACAAAUGUAUCAGGAAGAAAGAGUAUGAUACUCAAGUUGCCAGAGACAGGGAGUUAGGAUUGAAAUACUUUCCAAAGCCCAAGGAACACCAUGACGAGAUGUGUUCUGAUGUAGCUACGAUUCCCGCCGCAAAUGCUUCUGCACCAACUGGUAAUGAUGGUGGUGUCUUUCGGAAAGGUUACGCGCUGGGAGAAGAACAGACGAGCGACAGCGCAUCAAUUCAAUCACUGGCUGUAUUGAGUAAGCUUGAGGCCCUUUCCUCUUCAAUCACGAGGAUGGAGAAGACUCUUCUUGAAGUGAACUCCAAGCCGGGUAACGAAGCCAUCUCUUCGUCAAUUACGAGAUUAGAGAAGAGUCUGGAGAAAAAUUUCAUGAUGAUACUAAAUGCCAUCUCCUCCUCAAUGAUGAGAACGGAGAACGGGUUUAUAUCCUUACACGAAAUAGAGAAGAAUUUCAAAGGGCAAGUACAAAACGUUAAUCCUUCUCAGGGGUUGGCUGAUCAAUUUGAGAUGCCUGAAGAUGUUCCAACUUAA